AGCAUGUUUUUUUUCUGUUUGAAUUUAUGGAGUCUGAGUGGUGUGUUUGGUGUUGAGUCAGUGAAGUCAGUGUCAGUAACAGAGGGAGAAUCAGUAAGUCUAAACUCUGAUCUUACUGAAAUACAGAGAGACGAUGAGAUAACGUGGAAAUUUGAAGACAUUAUGAUAGCUAAAAUCUACGGGAAGGACAAUAAGAGCAGGUUUUAUGAUGAAUACACUGAUGGGAGAUUCAGAGACAGACUGAAGCUGGAUCAUCAGACUGGAUCUCUGAGCAUCACAAACACCAGAACCACAGACUCUGGAGUUUAUAAAGUAACCAGCAAAAGCUCAGGGACCCCACUCAACAUCUUCAGUCUUACUGUCUAUGCUCAUCUGCCUGUUCCCGUCAUCACCAGAGACUCCUCACAAAAUUCUUCAUCAUCAUCAUCAUCAUCAUCAUAUUGUUCACUGCUGUGUUCAGUGGUGAAUGUGGGUCAUGUGACUCUCUCCUGGUACAAAGGAAACAGUAUCUUCUCCAGCAUCAGUGUGUCUGAUCUCAACAGAAGUCUUUCUUUACAUCUGGAGUGUCUGGAUGAUUCCUACAGCUGUGUGGUGAACAAUCCCAUCAGCAACCAGACUCAACACCUCAACAACACUGAACUCUGUCAGCCAUGUUCAGGUGUGUUUGGUGCUGAGUCAGUGAAGUCAGUGUCAGUAACAGAGGGAGAAUCAGUAAGUCUAAACUCUGAUCUUACUGAAAUACAGAGAGACGAUGAGAUAAUGUGGAAAUUUGAAAACAUUAUGAUAGCUAAAAUCUACGGGAAGGACAAUAAGAGCAAGUUUCAUGAGGAUAAUGCUGAUGGGAGAUUCAGAGAUAGACUGAAGCUGGAUCAUCAGACUGGAUCUCUGAGCAUCACAAACACCAGAACCACAGACUCUGGACUUUAUAAAGUCACCAGCAAAAGCUCAGGGACCCCACUCAACAUCUUCAGUCUUACUGUCUAUGCUAAUCUGCCUGUACCUGACAUCAUUAGAAACUGUUCAUCAUCAUCAUCAUCAUCACAGCAGAAUUGUUCACUGCUGUGUUCAGUGGUGAAUGUGAGUCAUGUGACUCUCUCCUGGUACAAAGGAAACAGUUUAUUGUCCAGCAUCAGUGUGUCUGAUCUCAGCAUCAGUCUCUCUCUACCUCUGGAGGUGGAAUAUCAGGAGAAAAACACCUACAGCUGUGUGCUCAACAAUCCCAUCAGCAACCAGACCACACAUCUGAACAUCAGUGAACUCUGUCUGCCAUGUCCAGAUGUGAUAGUGUUGGUCUCUGCUGCUGCUGCUGCUGGAUCUCUGUUGAUCGUAGCUGCAGUUGGGAUCUUCUGCAUCUGCAGGAAACACAGAAAAACAGACAAAGAAGUUCAGACCCGUGAUAGAGAGAUCACUUACGCUGAUCCCACAUUUUACAAAAGACAUAAAUCGGUAAGCAGUGCUACAGAACAGGAUAAUGUGGUGUACGCAGGAGUCUCAAGACGUUGA